AACGACGUGGGAAUCCUAAUAACGCGUCCUUGUUACCAAUAAAUCAAAACGUUAGAUUUUUUUCAGAAUUUCAAAUAUACUUUUUGAAUUUCUUUUGACGUCUAUUUAUUUAAAUGCCUUAUUAAAAAAAAACGCUGAAUAAAGUCUUAUUCGAGGGUGGGGCAAUAUUGACGUCAACAAACAUGGCGGCGCUACAGUGAUUCUGGUUUAUCACCAUGUGAACCUUUGUGUAACAUUUCUAUCUUCUGUCGACAGCUUUGAUUAUCGAUCAAAUAUUCCGAUAUGGCAAAUGUUGUAGUUCCUUAUACCAUGGGCAACCCGUUCCUGCCAAAGAAAAACAAAAAGAAGAAGAAAAGUAAUUACUGCAUCUUGUGCCGAGAGAUGCUUGUGAAACAUGAAAUACAUGAGCACAUGCAUAGUAUGGCGCACCACAGAGAGCUUGAAUUAUUGCUGGGCAAUGUUUCAUGUCACGAUUGCCAGGCAUGUCAGGUGUCCUCCAUGGGUCUUGAUCAGUACGCCCAGCACAUUGCGGCCGCUCAACAUCAAGCCAAUUUAAGGAGUCUGAAGUGUACAAACGUAAAACCCAUUUCACUUCACAAGACUCUCAACCUGGAAACGAUCAAGGGUAUCCUCAAGAGAAACAAGAUGCUCAAGAAAGAGAGGAAAAAAGUGUCAAAGAAGGAAAAAAAGCAACGGAAGAAACUGGCGGGCCAGAACCAUUCUGGAUAUACGCAGAGAGCCAGUGGACGGCAUCAGGUGAUGCAUCAAGGAUCUGGUGUAAAUGCAUUCAAACAACAGCUGCUGGGGCCUCGGCAGAAAGGCAACCACACUGCUGUCUUCCAAAACAAGGAUAAAAAACAGCUUGUGAACCAGAACUUUGCUGCCAAAAGCAACGGCUCCCAACACAGCAGCAGCCAGACGUGUGGCACAUCGCAGCUGUUGCAGUGGCCCGGGAUGGAGAAUUUUAGCAACUACAAUAGGUCGUACCAGUGUGGGGAGACGGCCGACUUCACCAGCGAUCAGCUCUCAAAUAAAGGAAGCGUCAUCUUCAACCAGGAUGAGCUGCGUACAUUGUCCGAACCGCAACAAAGCGCGACUGCUUCUAACCCUCAGCCUAAGCCUGUUCUCAUCCAAGAAAUGGAUGUCACCACCAUGCUUAAGGAAAUUAGACGGGCGCUGGGUGUGCGAGAGCCGUGUAGGGCGGAUCGGGAAGCACGAAAGCAAAGCGCUGAGGCGGGAGCACUGGUGUCUGAGCCUUGCUCCUCACAGGAGGCCCUGGACAAGGUUGCUGCAGCUCACACCGCCGCCGCUCCCGCCAAAACAUCCACCUUGACGACGCAGGGCAACACCACCGUCCCGGCUGGUGUCAAAACUGGCAAAACCACCCCACUGAAGAGCGUAACAGUUAAACCUAACACUCCCGGAUCCUCAGCCAGCAGCAAAACAAGUCAGCCGCUCGGCUCCAAAACGAAAGUUCGGAUCGCGCACAAAGCAGCGGCCGUUCAAAAGCCAAGAGAGGGCGGUCUGAGGAAGGUGACCCAAACAACUUCCGCUCUAUCCGGGGCCGCGUUUCAGCAACGCUGGAGGCGAAUGUACAAUGAGAUGAAGAAGAGCAAGCAAAUGAGGAAAGAAGGGACACCCAGAUUUGGAAUUCAGUUGGCGAAAACUCUGCCUAACAAAACUGCGUUUGAGCUGAGUGUGGACGAAGACCUGAUGCUCUCAGAAGGCUUCCACUGGGAGUCGCUCUCCAACGCACACAGGCCGCUGACUCAUUCUCUUCCUGCUCCUCCUCCAUCUUGUCUGCCUUCUGCGCCUCUUCCUCCUACCCACGAAACGACACUGAGUGCGUCUCGCUUUGAGACCCAGUCAAGCACACAAGCACCCGUUGAGCGUCUGACGGUGGCGGCAAUCUCAGCGAAGGUGGAACAUGAGAAUGCAAAAAGUGGCGCCAACAAAAGGAAACACCAACAACUACAAGGAUAUGGUGUUCCCGAUAAGGAGGCAGUUGUAAAAAGGAGGAAACCAAAAAAGUCAAAAAAGGACCAAGACCAUAUGGACAAGCUUUUGGCGGUGUCCCUCAGGGAAGAGGCGCUGAGUCACUCGCUGCAGGAUGUGGACAAGUCUCUGGUCCAUGCCCGUAAUGCCUUACAAGUGGCCUACGUGGAAGUACAAAGACUCAUGUUGUUAAGGCAACAGUACACUGCAGAGGUGGACAGUCUGAGAGCAAAGCGCAUUGAGAUACUACAGGGCAUGCAAGAAGUGUAUUCCGGUAGCUCUAAUGUGGGGCAGGUGGCCACUACCUCAGCAAGAGCAUCUCCAGAUGUCAUUCAUCCCAGUUCAUCCUCCGUGUCCUCUCCCAACGUCUUUGUCCCUCCCACCAACAUCCACCAAACCUCCGCCUCGGCGCCUUCCAUCGACCGGCCUAACCAGGCCUUCCUCGCUACACCCAGGAUACCGUUUAAACAAGAAACCGUGAUCCCGACCGCCUCUGGAGAGCCGAGUCCACAAGCUCAAACCUCCAAUGCCGAGGCAACACGCCCUAUGCCUCUCCCCUCGCUGCCCACUGUGGCUUCUCCUGUUGUAGCUCUGAGCCAGCAAACCAGGCCAGAGGCUUCAAAUCCAUCCAAGUCUUUCUGUACGCAGCAGGAGCAAGUAAAGAGUGUCUGGAUGACAGAGCGAACCAAAAGCUUUUCAAACAAGGAGGUUGUCAUAAUUGAUGCCAAGGAUGAGAGUAAAGAACAUCAAUCUGCAGAACCGGUAAAAGGAAAUGAUACAAAGCCUCUCUCUAAAGGAGAUAAAAAUGAAUCUGCUGCAACAGUGAUUGAUGACAAAGGCGAUGAGAGCGAUGACUUGGUGGAGGUGACGGAGCCCAAAAUGGUGGUCAUCGACAUUGCUGAAUCCGAGAAUGAGGAUUCACCUGAUCUGUCUUCAAAGGUGCCAGGUCCAAAAGCGGUGCCUCCUGAAUGUGGUAGGGUGGAGUGCAUCUCUUCAGGCACUCAGACAAGUCAGCAAAACCCUUUUAAGAUCCCAAGGCCUGGUGUGUCUGAAAGUGAACCCACUCCUCCACCAGAUGCUGUUGAGGUGACUUUGGAGGAAGAGGAGAAUGAGGAGGAGUUAGCCUUGGGAGCCUUCUCGAAUCACACGGGCGCCGUUCACGCUCUGGAAGUCCAUGAGGGCUUCUUGUACACAGGCUCAGCAGACAACACAGCGCGGGCCUAUAAUCUGGCGAACCGGGAAUGCCAAGUCGUGUUUGAGGGCCACACAAACAAAAUCAACAGCCUGCUGGUCUUCUCCCUUCCCAACAUGCCAGCCAGACUUUACACUGGCUCCAGUGACCAGACUGUUCGCAUCUACAGCAUAAAGUCUAAGAAGUGUCUGGAGACCAUCUCGCUCACAGACAGAGUGCUGUGUUUGCACAUUGCCUGGAACACACUGUUUAUUGGCCUCGCCAGUGGAUCAGUGGCCACUUUUGAUUUAAAGACUUUAAAACCGCUGGAUGUGUUCGAGUGCCACGGCCCCCGAGGCGUGAGCUGCCUGGGCACGGCGCAGGAGGGCGCCCGACGGGUGCUGCUGGUCGGCUCUUAUGACAGCACCAUCAGUGUGCGAGAUGCCAAGAGCGGUUUGCUGCUACGCUCGCUGGAAGGCCACACCAAGACUGUUCUCUGUAUGAAGGUGGUGAAUGACUUGGUGUUCAGCGGCUCCAGCGACACAUCUGUUCAUGCGCACAAUAUCCACACGGGUGAGUUGCUGCGGAUCUACAAGGGUCACGCUCAUGCGGUCACAGCAAUCGUCAUCUUGGGGAAAGUGAUGAUCACCGCCUGUCUGGACAAGCUGAUUCGAGUUUACGAGCUCCAGUCCCACGACCGCUUGCAGGUGUACGGUGGUCACAGUGACAUGGUGAUGUGCAUGGCUGUCCACAAGAGCGUGAUCUACACGGGUUGUUAUGAUGGAAGCGUUCGAGCUGUGAAACUCAACCUGAUGAAGAACUACCGCUGCUGGUGGCAAAAUUGCUCUCUGAUAUUCGGCAUGGCGGAGCACCUCGUCCAGCACCUCGUCGCAGACCACAGCAAUCCCAGUCUGGAGGCGGUCGUGUGUCGCUGGAGAGGAUGCAGCGCUUUUUUCUCCACACAGCAGGCAGUCAAGCAGGAGCUUCCUGAGCAUAUGCAGAGUCACGUGGACGUGGACAGUAAGGUGGAGUCAUGAGGGAAGGUCUGCUGAUUUAGUUUUUUUUUCCCCCCAUCUCUCCUCUCUUUUCUCAUUUCGUGUUUCCAUACUUUCACGUAUCAUUCAGACUCCCAAUGAGAACGCACAUCUUGAAAUGUCUGUUGCGUUCAUAUCAUUUGUGUGGACAAGUCUGUAGGGUUAAUUCCCCCCCCUAAUUAAAUCAUGGCAAUUACCUGAAGAUUUUUUUUAAUUUGUUCUUAUAUGUAAUUGUGUAUUGUUCUGAGUGUGAGUGUGGAAUAAACAUGUACAGAGCAGCGACAGCUCAUUUCUAGAAAUAAAACAGGACAAAAAUCUUCCCAUAGAAAUAAAUAUGCAUUAACCAGAACAUAUGAAUUGAAAAUUGUACUAAGAAUUCUGAUUGGUCUAUAAAGAAAAAUUAAAUGUUAAAAGUAU